CACAUAAAGCUUAAAAGUUUUUGAUUACUAAUGCAACCAUGCAUUUUGACGUUUUGUUUUGUAUUAUCUUUUAUGCUAUUGUACUAAUUUGUUAUAUGCCAAUAAAUCAUUCUUUUUGGUUUAACCUUCAAACUGAUAGCACGUGCACGGUGCUAUACUGGUGACCCCGACGAAGCGGCAGAACAUACUGGCUACCCCCACAAGUGAGAAAUCUUUCGAAAAUAAAAAUAUGCUCAACGACGAGCAAGAGACACCGGCUCCAGAGCAACAGGCACCAAUGCGGGUGGACACGCUGGACCAAGGGAAAGUUAAGCUCCCAGAUUUCGUUGAGGAACAUACCGACCUAUGGUUCUGGCAAGUCGAGGCGGCAUUUGAAGCAGCAGGUAUCGUGUCCGACAGAAAACGAUACUAUACCAUAAUUGGACAACUGCCUACGCGCGUUAUGUACAAACUAGCUGAUUUCCGUACCAAUCCACCAGCACGCAACGAAAUGUACGAAAACCUAAAGGCUCGAAUCAUUAACGAGUUUGCCGAUAGCACACAGACCAAACUAACAAAACUCCUCAGCGACUUAUCACUCGGUGACCGCAAACCGUCACAGUUGUUAGCCGAAAUGCGGACAAGGGCCGCAGCUACACCGGUUACAGACGAGCUCCUAAAGCAGUUAUGGCUCCGGAAUCUGCCUGAACAAAUACGCGCAAUUCUAUCCGCAGACGAGCACAUAACAUUGGUCAACGCAGCAACGAUGGCCGAUCGUAUCAUGGAGGCUACUAAAGACAGUAACUCAUUCAUACACGCCGUUCAACAAAGCCCUCAGCAGACAGUAAACAAACACCCACAGCAAAGCGCCGGCAAUGAACCUGCAAGUCAAGCAAUUCUAGAAAUGCAACGCCAGAUCAAUGCGCUCUCACGGGAUCUCCGAGACAUCAAAUGGCCACGCCGCGACAACCAACGAAGACCAACACCUACACGAUCGGGUUCACGAAGUCGCGAACACCACGACACAUGCUGGUAUCACUACAAAUACGGGACGAGCGCUCGUAAGUGCAGGCCACCAUGCAAGUUUGACCGUACGGCCGGCAGCACACAGGAGGACCCAAAAAACUAG